UCAACGAAAAAUAAUAUUUCAUAACCAAAUUUUCUGCAUUUGGGUUUUUUCUCACGAUUUUCAUUAAAAAUUUAAGUUUUCCAAAAUAUGUUUGCUUUAAAAAGAAGCAGCUCCAGAUGCCAUUAUCUGAGGCAAUCAAUUAAAACAAAACGCCACUAUGCCGCACAACCUCAGCUAAAUGUUGCCUCCGACGAAUACACCGACAAACCAGAGUAUCCAGAAAUCUUCGAAUUGUCCCGCGAAGCACGCAUGAGACGUGAAAAGCAGUCAUGGCAUGAACAAAUACAGUCCGUUCCCACUGUAGAAGAGAAACUUAUAAAAAUCAACAUGCCCCGGUAUUAUGGAUUCAAGACGGUUAUGUUGAAUAGUGCCGAAAAUCCUUACAAUUGUUUGCCUCUAAAUCAGCAUUACACUCGAACAGUUUUGGAGGCCUACGAGAAAUUACCCAACAACGCAGCAAAAGACGAAAAUAGCAAGGCUCAAAUGGAAUCAUUUGUAAAGUCUAUUUCGAAAAACGUUCAAGAAGCUCUCGAGUAUUCCCAUGAAUUUUUCAAGGAGAAAUAUGGUUUAGAUGAGUCGUUGUCUCCUCAACAGAAAGAUAAAAUGCUGGGACAGAUGCUUGUUGAAAACCUCAACAGAACUUUGAUUAAUUCACUGGGCGCCGAUGCCGGACACUUGUCAGAGGUCGAAAUUGAUCUUAAUCCAAGACAUGAAGCAUUCUGGGCGGUUGGUGGAGUGAACCCGUCGAAGAACGUCGUAGAGAGUAGAAGAGGUUGCAAAUGGCAGAAAGACAAUCUAGAUAUUCCUGUUGAUCGCCUUGUUCAAUAUACUGGCGAACCUUACCUAGCCAUCCGACAUAGCUUACCUCUGGCUCCUAUCAAGUCGAUACAGGAGAGCACUUCCGAAGAGUUGGCCAAGCAGAUACCUAUCUACAAAUUUGAUGCACGAACUCUUGGCUACAAGACCAGCUAUCGGCAUGCCACAAAUAUCCCUGGUUAUUGGCCUGGUAGUUCAAGUGGUUUUGGAAUUAUCUCGUUCCAGCCACGAGACCACUUAGUCGUACGAAAUUCGAAAUUCGGCCCUGAAGAUUUUCAAGAAGUCCUCCAUGCACAAGGCAUCCAGUCCAGCUUUGGGUGGCUAUUGGCGCAAGCCAACUAUAACGGAUUCAACACCUACAACGAUUUGACCUAUCCCAUGACCACUCAAACAGUUAUCACAAACGGAAAACAAUGGUCGUUCUACCGUUACCAACUGAAUACGACACUGAUCCACUCCAAUCAUGUUCACGAUAAUCCAAAAGUGAAUUUCUGCUGGGGAAGCAAAGAAAUGAGCUUAUUCCAAGAGAUCGAUGCGAGUGGCAAAUGUAUUGGAUUCAAUGAAGACGUCGCUAGGCAUUUAAUUGAGUUGUAUCUUAAUGCCCCAGUGGAACCGAAUUCCGAAUUGCAACCUAAUUUGUCACCUGAAGCUAAAACAAUUGCCGACAUCGAUGACAAUGACAAACGUGAAUUUUUGGAAGAAAUUUUCAAACAUUUAUCAGCAAAUCGACCAAGGCAUUUGGAAAUUCCUGAAAUCUAUUUGUGGGAGAGGAUCUAUAAGAUUGACAAUAAGACACGACAAAUGGAAGCUAAACGUCGAUUCUUCGAACUGGGAAUUAAUCCAUGGAGAAGAACUUUGGAUCAGCAUGCGAAGGAAUAUAUUCCGAAAGCUGUACGCCCAGGAGGCCCAAAGAGCAAACCUAGAUUUAAGAAAACUUAUUACCCUUAAGUAUAGAUCAAAAUAAAAGUUAAAGUUGUUAAUCAACAAAUUAAAUGGUUAAUAAGUUA